AGCUCGACAGAUGAUUUUGUAUUUUAUCAAGUAAAUAUUUAUCAAAAUUGUUAGAGAAAUGCUCGCACCAAAAUUACCAGUGACGCCAGCGGAGCUUCUGAGCACGCUGGAGCUAUCCGGCUCGCCAGACCUCGACCAGCAGAUCACCAAUUGGAUAAUGUGGGACAGGAACGAGGCAACGCUGAAACAGGUGGUGGAGGCCGUCAGUAAAAAAGAUUGGGAGGCUUUACGCAUUCGCCUCUGCAACUCCCUUUCCUUUGGCACCUGCGGAAUGACAUCCGUGAUGCGGGCUGGUUUCGAUUCCAUCAAUGAUCUGGUUACCAUUGAAUUUGCUCAAGGCCUCAGUAACUAUCUAACGGAAUUAUAUCCGAGUGUACAGAAGAGGGAGUCUCAGGGCGUGGUCAUUGGGUUUGAUGUACGCUAUAAUGGUAAACGAUUUGCCCAACUGAUUGCCACAGUUCUGCUGAAUAGUCGAUUCCGGGUUUAUCUAUUCAAUCGAAUGGUCCCAACUCCAUUCAUUUCCUUUUCGGUGCUGCAUCUAAAGUGCUUGGCGGGCAUUGAGGUGACUGCAUCGCAUUCAGCAAAGAUUGAGAAUGGCUUCAAGGUCUUUUGGUCGAAUGGGGCCCACGUCUUAAUUCCACAUGAUAAGAAAUUGCAGACGGCCAUGCUCAACAACAUGGAACCACUUAACUCAUCCUGGGAUCUCUCCAUACUCGAUGAUCACCCACUCUUCCAUGAUCCCUAUCGUGAAGUUUAUCCAGCCUACUUUGAACAGAUGAAGAGACUGCUGCCCUCCACAUAUCUGGAGACGAAUGAGUGUAGUCAGCUGCGAUUUGCCUACAGUCCACUGCAUGGUGUGGGCUUCCCAUAUAUUCGUGAGGCAUUCUAUCAGGCCCGACUGAAACCACUCAUUGUUGUGCCACAGCAAAAAGAACCAGAUCCCGAUUUUCCCACUGUCAAGAAGCCAAGUCCCUUGGAGAAUGGAUCUAUUGAUUUGGCCAUUAAGAAAGCUGAGGAAGAGCACUGCACCAUUGUACUAAUUAACGAUCCAGAUGUGGAUCGUCUGGCAGUGGCUGAACUCGAUCCCCGAGGCAGAUGGAAGAAGUUCAAUGGCGAUGAGCUGGGCGCUCUUUUAGGCUGGUGGGCACUGGAGAGCUACAAGAUCCGCGUGGCCAAACCCGUUGUAUCGAAUUGUGUAAUGAUUGGCAGCAUUGGCAGCUCCCAAAUUCUGGCGGCAAUGGCCAGAGUCGAGGGCUUCACCUUUGUCGAGACGUUGGUCGGUUUCAAAUGGAUGUGUAACAAGGCUCUCGAAUUGGAAGCACUUGGUCGGACGGUACUCUUUGCCUUCGAGCAGGCCUCUGGCUAUAUGUUCUCGUUAAAUGUGCCCGAUAAGGAUGCCAUCAAUGCCACCUGUCAGUUGGCCACCAUGGCCUGCCAUCUCCGCAGUACCCGCAAACUGACACUAAUCGAGAAAUUGCGAGAGAUCUAUGAUACCUAUGGCUAUCAUGUGACACUGGCUAACACCCUAACGUAUGAUAAUAUCGGUAAGAUUGCCAAGGUCUGUGAUAGGAUGCGCAAUUUCAAGGAAAACACACCGGGCACAUAUCCCCAGUGCAUUCUGAAUGGUGAAUUCGAAGUGGUCAGUGUGCGGGAUCUGACCUUGGGUGUGGACACCUCCUAUCCGGAUCGCAAGCCGCGUCUGCCAGUUAGCCCCAACAAGCAACUGAUAACGUUUACCUUCAAUAACGGCAUGACAAUCACAUUCCGUGGCUGUGGCUCCGAGCCCACGCUCAGGGUUUUCUCGGAAAUGUUUGGACUGCCCGAGCAAAAGAAUUGGGAUGACAUGAAUGAAACCCUACAGCGUAUGACUCAAGCGGUUAUCUAUGAAUUUGUUUCACAAGUGGAUGAGGAUUGACGGAUGACGGCUUAGUUUCAAUGUCCAGAAAUUUAUUAUACAUUCUCAAAUUGCACUCAGUAAAUUGUUAAAAAUUUGCAUUCCUAUGAAUAUUAAUUUGGUUUCCUUAGUUUGUUAGACCUAUUUUUCAAUUCGAAUAUUUCAGUUUCAAUAUAAAUUAAGAAAUUUCAU